AUGUCGUUACUAUUGAUCGGAGAGACCAACUCGGAGGCGACACGUCGUCUUGGGUUUGAUCCCACCAAGGAGCCUCCAGACUGGUAUCGAAUGUCCAGGUCCGAAAGAACCAGUCGCGGCAGAGCAUGGCUGAAUUCCGAACCUCUUUGGAAAACGGAGAGUAGGAUGGGACCUGUACUCGAAUGGAGGGGAAUCAAAGUGUUGGGAGUAGGCGGCAACGGAACCGCAGGACAAUGGCAAUUGCGUCACGGGAGACCUCCUGUAGGCGAACCGGGCAGAGUGCCAUUCAAGACUUGCGUCGUGAAACAACAAGCGGGAGGACAUGGCGAUAUGAGAAAUGAAGCAAAGACAUACGAGUUGCUGCGGCAUAUUCCAUCUCAACAUCUGGUGAAAAUGUAUCGGAAAAUGUAUCGCGAUGAAGGACUUAAUACCCUACACGCGGAUAGGAAAGGUCCUGUGAGCAGAAUCUACCUAGAACAUUGUGAGCGGGGGGAUCUGAUGGACGCGAUAAGAGGUCACUUUUUGCAAAGACUGUAUUUUGAGGAAUUCGAAGUAUGGGAUGUGUUCCAUUGCUUAAUCCGCGGCAUAUACGCUAUGCAUUAUGGACAUGAAGAUCUUAACAGGGCACGAUGGGAACGAGAUGAGAUAGUCCAUUUUGAUCUCAAAGCGACAAAUGUUUUCUUGGCUGCGGCCCAGACGGACGAAGAACACAAGGGAGCUCCUGUACUCAAGAUUGCCGAUUUCGGAAGUGCCGCCGAGGUACGCGUGGAGCAAGAUCUCGCUUACAAUUUCCACUACAGGUUUGAUGGCACGCAGAGGUACAAACUACCCGAACAACUUAGAACUCGACGAGUUCCACUUCAGCGACCUUGGAUGGAAAAAGGUUUGAAAUCUAUGCGCGAGGCAGGCGAUGGAAAUGUCCUCAACAAUCUUCGCUAUGGCACUGCCUCCAACGUGUGGCAUCUUGGACUCAUCAUGUGGCAGAUGAUCAAUUGUACUGAAUGGUCCGAGGAUGGCAGCCAACAAAAGAUUUAUCACUACAUGGGCGACAUCGCUUGGGAAGACGAUAGUGAAUAUCGACCUGGCGGCCGUGAAAGAUUUGAUCUUAAACUAUUUCGAGUGCCGCAAACGUGGCUAGGCAUAAAUGAAGAGGCAGGGGGGGUGGAUACUCUUGCUACGCAAGACGAUAUUAACUAUUGGAACGGGGAAUGGGACGAGAUACCAUUCGACCCCGACGCCGAGCCAGACGAGUCAGAAGAACGACGCGAGGCGAGGAGAAUAUUCAAUGGAGUAGAGAACAAUGCGAGGGCAGCCUUUCGCGCAAAACGAAAAUACAGCGACGAACUACACAAACUGGUGAUGGAUUGUUUGAUCGUGCAGCAGGAGGGCCGCAUACACAUCGAAGACCUUUACGAAACAACCCUCAAGUUCAAAAAAAUGUGGGUUGAAAAAGUCGGACCCGACCAACCACCCCCCUAUUUCCCCGAACCUGCACUCGGGCCACUGCCACCGCCUUGGGAUGAUACCACGACCCAGCCUGGCUUGGGUCUCGGGGCUCCUGUCCCGGAGCAUCUUCAAUCAUAUAUCCUCCCUGAAUUUGAGCUCUUUUUCGCGAACUUGGAACAUGACAAGGCGCAAUUGGCUCGCGAGUGGGCGAGGGAUAAUCCGAUUGAGAAUGUGUCUGAUGCGGAUGAUAACUUGGUAGCAGGACUCAUAUUGAGGAAUCGAAGGCAUUGGAAUGAUUAUGCAAAGGCUAUGAGCGCUUAUCAGGGACAGAGAGCGAGACCCGUGUACGAAGAUCCGCCGCCGUUUCCAGAGGGGCUUAAACUUGGUACUGAAACUGGAGAUCAAGGUGGUGGUGAAGGGGGAGAAGGUGAAGGGGGAGGAGGUGGAGGUGAACGGGGAGAUGGAGGUGGAGGAGGUGGAGAUGGAGGAGGUGGAGAUGGAGGUGAAGAAGGAGGAGGAGGAGGUGGUGGAGACAGACCAACCUCCCGACGCCCUUUACACAAAGGCGAACGACAAGUACCCGUACCCUCUCCCAAAAAAUCCAAAGAACCAUCUGACUUUGACGCCGACGAUGACGACGCCACGCCCAGCUAUUUAAAAAACUUCAGAUCUACGCCCUCGUACAUGAGAGGGAAAAACCCCCUGUCUGGAGAUACAGAAGGCGGCGAGCCGUCACCGGCUGGAGAUGCUGGCGGAGGUCUGGGAGGGCUCCGAAAGAUCUUGAGUCAGAGGCGUGAGGAGAGUGAGAGAGAUUUGCGCUCUAGGAGUCGUAGGGCUAUGGAAUCGGAGGGGAUUUCGGGAAGUGGGUUGAAUCGGAGGAGAAGGGGUACUGGCAAGGAUAAAGAUAAAGAUGAUAAAAAGGAGAAGGAGGAGAAGGAGAGAGAGAGAAAGAGAGAUAAAGAAAUAAGAGACGAAGAGAGGAGAGAGAAAGAGAGGAGAGAGCAGGAGAGGAGAGAGCAAGAGCGGGAGAAAGAGAGAAAGAGAGAUAAAGAGAUACGAGACGAAGAGAGGAGAGAAAAAGAGAGAAGAGAGAAAGCGAAAGGUAAACACCCAGACCCAGACCCAGAUCCAGACCCCGACCCACCACCCCAAUGGCUCACCUUCCCCACCGGCCUCCAACCCAGCGUCAAAAAACCAAUCCUCCUCCGCGCUCUCAGCAUCCCGGAACUUAAAAACACCAUAAUGUUCUGCACCGUAGUCGAGAAAAGCGGCGAAAAAGAUAUCGUACGAGGUAUUAUCUAUCUCACCGGACUAAUGCCCACCACGACCGUGCUACAGAUAAAAGAGAUGUUGACCGAGGAAGCGACGGGGAUCCCUGUGGAUGAUAUGAAGUUGAUGGGGGAAGAUCGGUUGGGGGGUUUUCGGGAGUUUGAGGAUGAUGAGAUGAGGGGGGCGAUUUUUGCUAUUGAGCUUUUUGUUCAUGAUAUUACGAAGAUGGGUUAUUGA